CGUCGCUGCCGCUGCCUCGUUUUUGUUGUUGUCUUCUUACUUUUUCAGCUUUAUUUUGCUUUUUUUUGCACAUUCUCCCUGUUCUCUCUUCUCGCCUGCAUUUUGUGUAUCUCAUCUCGUGUACGCUUUCGCUGCCUUUCCAAUCUCUUCGGCAUCGGGGCAACAACAACGAAAAGCUGGCGUCGCCGUCGCCGUCAUCGUUUUCUCUAUUUUCCUCAAUCGCUGUGCCUUUUCAUUUUCAAUUCGCAUAUUUUUGCAAACUCUACUUUCAGUUAUUCGCCGAUAAUUGAUGUCAAAGGACGCAGUUGUGCUCCGCCGGCGUUGUUUCACGUUGCCAUUGGAACCAUUGAAAGCAUUGGGGAACCCCGGAAUACGGUAUCAUCCAGAGCCACUUUCAGUGUGACCAUGCCCAAGGAGGAUCCGUUCGUGAAUCGCGCCCAGCUCUUGAAGGCGAUCAAGAAGUAUCCGGAGAUCUGGGACUCCAACAACAAGCUGCACAUGUGCCGCAGCGUCACAUCGCCGAUGUGGACCGAGAUCGCCGAGCAGUUCGGCGGUCAUGUGCCGACAGUUAAGCUGCAAUCGAUUUGGAGCCAAAUGAAGUACCACUACCACAACUUGGUCCACCGCCAGAUUCUGCACAAGGAUCGCUUCAAUACCAAAUGGGAGCACUUCGAGCCGAUGUCCUUCAUGUACAACAUAACGGUGGCCAAGAUCGUGGGCGCCCAGUCCAGUGGCGGUGGUGGUGGUGGCGGUUCCUCCGAAAUUCCAACCACUGCCUCGGAACCGCCGCCUGUGGGUGAGGAACCGCCUGCCCCAGUGCCGCCACCCCCUCUGCCCACCGCCUCCCAUGGACGCGGUCGACCCAGCGGCAGUUUCAGCUGGCUGCAGGCCGCUGCCACCCCCACCGCCCCCCAACUGCCACAUCUCAUCGCUCAGCCGCCCCAUGGUCAGGGUCACGGGAUGACCUAUACCGCCUUCACCGGCCUGGUGCCUCCGCCAGCUGCAGUGAUGUCGGAUGUGGCAGUGGCCACGCCCCCGCGCAAAUUGGGCCGCCCCAGUUCGUUGCACAAUAGCAUGCGGGGGCGUAUCAUCGAUGCGAUCAAGACACGGCCGUCACUUUGGGCGGGACGCCAGCGGAGCGAAAAGGGGCAGGGUCAGAGCAGAACGUCGGCCGUCUGGAAGGAGGCGGCCAUCGAGAUGGGACUGACCCCAACCCUUAUGCAGACGCGUUGGUCGAUCAUCAAGCAGCGGUAUGUGGACGAACUGCAGAAGGAGCGUCAUGCCCAGUACUCCCAUCAGGGCUUCCGCUCCACGUGGGAGCACUUCGAUCGGAUGGGCUUCAUGCGCGACAUCCUGCUGAAGAAGGUCGACGAGCGGGAGCAGACCCGCGAACAGAUCCAGGAGAUCGUCAGCGAGCAACAGCACCACCAGCAACCGCAGCAGCAGCAGCACCAUCCGUCGCAGCACUUGCAGCACUACCGUCCACCACCACAGCCGCCGGCGGGAUUGGUGGAGCAUGCCCAGGACAUGCCCAUCGGCCUGGUGCAGCACCACCACCAGGAGGGUCACCAUCCGCCGCUGGCCAUGCACCACCCCCACCACCCACAGGCCAUUCGGCGGCGGGUCAAGCACGAAUCCGAUCUCGAGUGGGAUCCCUUCGAGAUGAUCCUCCACGUCCAUGGUGCCGGCGAACCAGCUGCCAACUGAAGACUGAGAAAUUAGGGACUGUAAGGCUCUAGGUACACCUGAGAAAAACUUAAGAAGGCAAGGGAAGACCAAAUUAUUAUCACAGCACUAAUUAAUACUAAAUUUAUAGGUCAAAAGAUUCAAUACAAUUAAACAAAAAAUAUUUUGAAAAAAUUUCGAAAAUUGGUUGCACAGUUUUGUUCAUUUUACAAUAUAUACCACCGUUCCUUUUAGGCUUCUUCUCAGGUGCAAUUAAACAGAAAAGGGACCCCGAAUGUCCUUCAAGUAAUCGUCAGAUGUAAAACCAUUAGCUACUCCGCAUGCCCUCAGCUAUUGUAAAACCUUUUUGUAAUUCCAUUUUCUACUACUCUGCAAUUGAAUAAAACAUCACUUAGAGAUAUACAA